CGAUACGAAUGACAAAUGUUUUCCAUUUUCGUGUAUAGAAACAUCUAAAAAUUCCAAAAAAAUCGAAAAUCUAUUUUACUUCAUAAAGAAAAAUAAUAAACUAAAAGGAAUCAAGUAGUUUUCAACAAAUACAACGAGACUACUUUAUUUGUAACUGCGGCACGUGCUUCUCUUCGGUAUAUUAUUCAAUAAUUGUUACACCUGCCACGCCGGUCUGUAGUGAUCAUUAGAAAUGGCUAACAUGUUGGAAAAUCAAUUGCUGACGGCUGCUCAAAUGAUUGAAAGGCAGUUGGAUCAACAAUUGGAUCAGCUGGAGAAUUUGGAUUCCGAUGAUUUGAAAUCAAUACGAGAACAACGUCUCAAAGAAAUGAAAGAUCUUAACCGUAAAAAGCAGGAGUGGCUUAAAAAUGGCCAUGGCACAUACACCGAAUUGGCUGAUGAAAAAGAAUUCUUUGAAGUAUCAAAAAAGUCUCCGAACAUUGUCUGUCAUUUCUAUCGAGACUCCACAGAACGCUGCCGCAUUGUUGAUAUGCAUCUGAAAAUACUUGCAAGUAAACAUGUAGAGGCGAAAUUCUGUAAAGUGAAUGCUGAGAAGUCACCUUUCUUAACGCAAAGACUGCGCAUAAAAGUGAUUCCAACCAUUGCACUUGUUAAGGACAGUAAAACGAAGGACUUUAUAGUGGGAUUCACCGACUUGGGUAACUGCGAUGAUUUUUCGACAGAAAUGUUGGAAUGGCGAAUAGCACAAUCUGGUGCCAUUGAUUAUAAGGGUGACCUUAUGACUCCACCUGAUGUGAAGAAGAAGGCAUACAUCAACCGUGUUAACAAGACCAUUCGCAGCGGGUAUGACUCAGAUGAUUCUGACAUAGAUUUUGAUGAUUAACAGCACUUCUAUAGAAGUUGGCAACUGCAGUAUCCACAGUGUGUCUUGAAAAAGGAUAGGGUUUGAAAAGCUUGCUUAGCAAAUUUAACUCAAUCAUAACUAAAUUAAUAUUAAAGAAAGUAAAUUUUAAUUGUAGAGGUAAAGUAACAAACAAAUCAAAAGCUUAAACAAUACAACACACAGCAGAAACAUGCUUAACUACGAUUGCGUAAUAAUAAAAUAAGAAUAUCAGGUUAAACCCAAAAAAGGCACAAAACGCGGUGAAAUUUAGUAUUGUCCUUUGUAGGAGAAACUGGAAAAGACAACAAAUCAGUACAUGCGUAUUUUUUCAUUCACAAAUCUUUUUCUUAGGUCGUAUUAGAAUAUUUACAAUAUUUAUUUUUUAUACUAUUACAUAGAACUAACUGAAAUAUGCAUGAACAACUAAAUUUAUUUUUAAGGAUUCAUCAAUUGUGUUCUUACGUUUGAUUCAUGAAAAUAAUAAAAAUACUCUUAAACAUGCAA